GACAAAAUGACAGCUAAAUCCUCUCUUCUGUCACCAAUACAGGAACUCUGCCCAUGGCCACAUCCAUUUCCUCCCAACUUUACCCAAGAACAAAGGCACCCUUUGAUGCUCUCAGAAACUCCCCAUUCUACCAGGGCACAGCAGGGUGGCCACUCAGCACCCCCAAGACCUCUCCUCCUAUUAGCAGGGAAAACACACUCAUGACUCACACUGAUGCUCCCCACUUCACUCCCCCACUGAACAGGUUCAGUUUCAGCACCUCAACACCCCAACCAACCAAGUAUGUCAUCAAGGUAGCAACCAAUCCCGUCACCACCCUUGUCUACAUUAGUACCACAGAAUGCAUCAAUCCAAUAAGCCUCAGAGUCACCACCACCUAUCCCACUACUACCUGUAUAACAGUGUCCCAAGUGACACUCACCAGCUCCUACACCACCAACCCUGUGACAGACAGACCAGGAACAACCUCAACUAAGUCUUAUAACACUCCAACCAACCAAGAGGUAACUAAGCAUACCACCACAGUGAAAGAAAUUUCUACUACCACCCAGACAACCACAGUCACCACCAAAUCCACUACAGCACCUGACGGCACACCGAAAAUAACACCCACAAGUAACACCACAACCAGACCCACCAUCAUGUUCACAACCACACCUAACAUUACUUACACAACAACACCUAUUACAAUAGUGACAGAAAGACCCACCACCACAGACACAAUCAUAUCAGCCACCACACUCAUCACCUCUGAAAUCAGUUCCACAGCAACAGCAACAUCCACCACAAGUGAAACAAACAUAACCACCACUUACAUUAGCACCAACCAGACUCCAAUACCUACCAAAAAUGCCACAGGCACCACUUCACCCGCUACUUCAGCCAACACUUCUACAGUUACCUCCACAGGGUCAAACUCAUCCAGUACCAAUGAAACAAGCAUAACCACCCACGAGACCAGUACAAUACAGACAACCAUACACACAACAACUAUAUAUACCACAUUACCCACUACUAAAGCCUCAACCUCUUCAGUCACCAUCAUAGGAUCAAGCUCUCCCACCACCAGUGAAAAAAACAUAACUGCCAGUGACACAAGUACAACACAAACAUUCACCAGCACUGCCAUGAAUACUUCGUCACAAACUACUACAUCCACCACCUCCACAGUCACUACCACAGGGUCAACCUUGCCCACUACCUGUGAAACAAUCUUGAACACCACAAACAUUAGCACAACUCAGACAACCACACCUACCACAACCACCACUUUACCCACUACUUCAGCCACCAACUCUACAUUCACUAACACAGAGUCAACAUCUUCCAGCACCAGUGUAGCAAACAUAAACACCACUGAGACAAGUACAACACAAACACCUAUAUCUACAAACACCACACCAAACAACACUUCACCCACAACUGUAGCCUCCAACUCUGCUGUCUCCACCACAGGGUCAACUUCUCACACCACCAGUGAUACAAUCGUAACCAUCACUGAAACUAGCAAAGCUCAGACACACACAACCACCACAAACUCCACAGCAAUCACUAAACCCACCACUUCAGCUACCACCUCUACUGUUACCACCACAGGGUCAACAUCAUCCAGCACUAAUGAAACAGGCAUAACUACCACAGAGACCAGUACAACACAAACACCUAUACCUAUAACCACCACCACUAUAAACACCAAUUUACACACUACAGCAGCCCCCAACUCUCCAGUCACAACCACAGGGUCAACCUCUCCCACCACCAGUGAAAUAAACAUAAGCACCACUGACACAACUACAACAGAAACACCCACACUCACCACAAAUACCACAAGCAAACCUUCACACCCUAAUACAGACAACAUCCCCACAGUCAUUACCACAGGAUCAACCUCUUCACACACCAUUGAAGCAAGUGUAACUACCACUGAGACCAGGACAACACAGACACCCAUACCCAUAGCCACCACUAUAUACACCACUUUACCCAGUACUGCAGCCUCCAACUCUCCAGUCAUCACCACAGGGUCAACUUCUCCAACAACCAGUGAAACAAGUAUAACCAACACUGACACACAUACAACACAAACACUCACCACCACUGCAAUAAACACUCCCUCAACAAAUACUGUAACCACCACCUCUACAGUCACUACCACAGGCCCAACCUCUUUAGGCACCAAUGGGACAACCACCAGUGAAACAAUCUUAUCCACCACUGACACUAGCACAACUCAGACACCCAUACCCACCACAAACGCCACAGGUAUCACUUCACCAACUACUUCAGCCACCACCUCUACAGUUACCACCACAGGAUCAACCUCUUCCAGCACCAAUGAAACAGGUGCAACUAACAUGGACACCAGUACAACACAGACACCCACACCAACAACCACCACUGCAAAUACCACUUUACCCACUACAGCAGCCUCUAACUCUCCAGUCACCACCACAGGGUCAACCUCUCCCAACACCAGUGAAACAACCAAUAUCACAACUGACACAAGUACUACACACACACACACACACACCACUGCUACAACCACACCUUCACCAACUACUGCAGUAAGCACCUCUACACUCAACACAUUAGAAUCAUCCUCUUCUAGCACCAGUGAAAUAAGCAUAACCACCACAGAAACAAGGACAACACAGACACCCACCACCCCUGCCUUGAGCACCACUUCAACAAAUACUGCACCCACCACCUCUACAGUCACUACCACAAAGUCAUCCUCUCACAUCACCAGUGGAACAAGCACAAUCACCAGUGAGAGCAGUACUAUGCAGACACCCAUACAAACUACCACCAACAUAAACAACACUUCAUCCCCUAUUGCAACCACCAUAUCUAUGGUCACUAUCACAGGGCCCACCUCACCAACCACCAGUGAAACAAUCUUAACCACCACUGACAUGAGCACAACUCAGACGCCCACACCCACCAAAAGCACCGUGUCAUCCACGAAUUCUCCCACCACCUCUGCAGUUAUGACCACAGGGUCAACUUCCUCCAGCACCAAUGAAACAGGUAUAACUACCACUGAGGCCAGUAUAAUGCAGACACCCACACCCACAACGACCACCACAAACAAAACGCCACCCACAACUGAAGCCUCCACCUCUACAGUCACCACCACUGGAUCAACCUCUCCCACCACCAGUCAAAUAAGCAUCACCACCAUUGACACUAGCACAGUUCAGACACUGACACCUACCACAAAUGCCAUGGGAAGCACUUCACCCACUACUUCAAUCACCACCUCUACUGUCACUAACACAGGGUCAACAUCUUCCAGCACCAGUGAAGCAAACAGAAACACAACUGAGACAAGUACAACACAGACACCUAUACCCACAACUACCACCCCAAACAAUACUUCACCCACAACUGUAGCCUCCAACUCUCUUGUGUCUACCACAGGGCCAACCUCUCACACCACUAGUGUAACAAUCUUAACCACCAAUGAAACUAGCACAGCUCACACACCCACACCCAUCACAAAUGACACAAGCACCACUUUACCCACUACUUCAGUUACCACCUCUACAGUCACUAACACAGGGUCAAUAUCUUCUAGCACCAGUGAAACAAACAUAACCACUACUGAGACAAGGACAACACAGACACCUAAACUCACAACCACCACCCCAAAUACCACUUCACCCACAACUGUAGCCUCAAACUCUGCUGUCUACACCACAGGGUCAACCUAUCACCCCACCAGUGAUACAAUCAUAACAAUCACAGACACUAGCACAGCUCAAACACCCACAUACCCCACAAACUCCAUAGGUAUCACUUCAGCCACCACCUCUACAGUUACCACCACAGGGUCUACCUCUACCAGCACCAAAGUAACAGGUCCAACUACAAUAAAGACCAGCAUAACACAGACACACACACAAGCCACCACCACUACAAAUACCAUUUUACCCAUUACAGUAGACUCCAGCUCUGCAGUGUCCACCACAGAGUCAACCUCUCCCAACAACAGUGAAACAAGUAUUACCACAACUGACACAAGAACUACACAGACACCCAAACACACCACUGCCACAGUCACACCAUCACCAACUACUGCAGUGAGCACCUCUGCACUCAACACAUUAGCGUCUCCCUCUUCUAGCACCAGUGAAACAAGCAUAACCACCACUGACACAAGUACAAUACAAACACUGAUACCCACAACCACUACCAUAAACAACACUUCAACCACUACUGUAGCCAUUAUAUCUACUGUCACUACCACAAGGUCAGCCUCACCAACCAUCAUUGAAACAAUUUUAACCACUACUGACACUAGCACAACUCAGACACCCACACCCACACCCACAACAAACUCCACAGCCAUCACCUCAACCACCACUUCAGCUACCACCUAUACUGUUACCACCACAGAGUCAACAUCAUCCAGCACUAGUGAAACAAACAUAACUACCACAGAGACCAGUACAACACAGACACCUAUACCUAUAACCACCACCACUAUAAACACCACUUUACACACUACAGCAGCCUCCAACUCUCCAGUCACAACCACAGGGUCAACCUCUCCAACCACAAGUGAAAUAAACAUAACCAACACUGACACAACUAUAACAGAAACACCCACACUCACCACAAAGACCACAAGCAAACCUUCACACCCUAAUUCAGACACCAUACCCACAGUCAUUACCACGGGAUCAACCUCUUCACACACCAUUGAAGCGAGUGUAACAACCACUGAGACCAGUACAACACAGACACCCAUACCCAUAGCCACCACUUUACCCAGUACUGCAGCCUCCAACUCUCCAGUCAUCACCACAGGGUCAACUUCUCCAACAACCAGUGAAACAAGUAUAACCAACACUGACACACAUACAACACAAACACUCACCACCACUACAAUGAACACUCCCUCAACAAAUCCUAUAUCCACCACCUCUACAGUCACUACCACAGGCCCAACCUCUUUAGGCACCAAUGGAACAACCACCAGUGAAACAAUCUCAUCCACCACUGACACUACCACAGCUCAGACACCCACACCCACCACAAACUCCACAGGUAUCACUUCACCAACUACUUCAGCCACCACCUCUACAGUUAACACCACAGGGUCAACCUCUUCCAGCACCAAUCAAACAGGUGCAAAUACUAUGGACACCAGUACAACACAGACAUCCUCACCAACAACCACCACUUCAAAUACCACUUUACCCAUUACAGCAGACUCCAACUCUCCAGUCACCACCACAGGGUCAAUCUCUCCCAACACCAGUGAAACAACCAUUAUCACAACUGACACAAGAACUACACAGACACCCACACACACCACUGCCACAACCAUACAUUCACCAGCUACUGCAUUGAGCACCUCUGCACUCAACACAUUAGCAUCAACCUCUUCUAGCACCAGUGAUACAAGCAUAAGCACCACUGACACAAGUACAAUACAGACACUGAUACCCACAACCACUACCAUAAACAACACUUCACCCACUACUGUAGCCAUUAUAUUAUCUACUGUCACUACCACAAGGUCAGCCUCACCCACCAUCACUGAAACAAUAUUAAGCACUACUGACACUAGCACAACUCAGACACCCACACCCACAACAAACUCCACAGCCAUCACUUCACCCAACAUUUCAGCCACCACAUCUACAGUCAUUAACACAGGGUCAUCCUCUUCCAGCACUAAGGAAACAGGUGCCACUACCAUAGAGAAUAGGACAACACAGACACCUAUACCCAUAACCACCACCAUCAUAAACACCACUUUAAACACUAUAGCAGCCUCCAACUCUCCAGUUACCAUUAAAGGGUCAACCUCUCCCAACACCAGUGAAAUAAACAUAACCACCACUGACACAACUACAACAGAAACACCCACACUCACCACAAAUACCACAAGCAAACCUUCACACCCUAAUACAGACAACAUCUCCACAGUCAUUACCACAGGAUCAACGUCUUCCCACACCAUUGAAGCAAGUGUAACUACCACUGAGGCCAGGACAACACAGACACCCAUACCCAUAACCACCACUAUAUACACCACUUUACCCAGUACUGCAGCCUCCAACUCUCCAGUCAUCACCACAGGGUCAACUUCUCCAACAACCAGUGAAACAAGUAUACCCACCACUGACACACAUACAACACAAAUACUCACCUCCACUGCAAUGAACACUCCCUCAACAAAUACUAUAUCUACCACCUUUACAGUCACUACCACAGACAACCACACCCGCCACAAACUCCACAGGUAUCACUUCACCCACUACUUCAGCCACCACUUCUACAGUUACCACCACAGGGUCAACCUCUUCCAGCACCAAUCAAACAGGUGCAAAUACUAUGGAGACCAGUACAACACAGACACCCACACCAACAACCACCACUACAAAUACCACUUUACCCACUACAGCAGCCUCCAACUCUCCAGUCACCACCACAGGGUCAACUUCUCCAACAACCAGUAUCACUUCACCCACUACUUCAGCCACCACUUCUACAGUUACCACCACAGGGUCAACCUCUUCCAGCACCAAUCAAACAGGUGCAAAUACUAUGGAGACCAGUACAACACAGACACCCACACCAACAACCACCACUACAAAUACCACUUUACCCACUACAGCAGCCUCCAACUCUCCAGUCACCACCACAGGGUCAACUUCUCCAACAACCAGUGA